AUGCCGCCUUGCCAUCGGAGAUCACCAAGAGAAUCAUCCCAUCGCUCGGAACAGGCCCUGCUACUCCAAAUCAGGUCGCACGGGUGUGUCAAGCACGCAGUACUCGGAGGAGGCCCCGCUGCCGCUGUCCUCGGGAGCCACUGGGGCUUGGCCCAAUGGCCCUCUCUAGCGGUGGCGAGGAGGAGGAGGGUGAGGGGUGGUGUCAAGGCGGCGGCCAAUUUGGUCGCCUCCCGACAGCAGCAGGGAGCGGAGGCGUCGCGGCGGACGCAGCUGCAGGAGUCGGCGGAGGCGCGCGCGGCCGCGGCGCCGCUGCCGUGCCCGCGGUGCCGGAGCCGGGAGACCAAGUUCUGCUACUUCAACAACUACAACGUGAACCAGCCGCACCACUUCUGCAAGGCCUGCCACCGCUACUGGACGGCCGGCGGCGCGCUCCGCAACGUGCCCAUCGGUGCUGACCGCCGCAAGAACCAACCGCUCGGCCCCAUCGCCACCGUCGCCGGCCACCACCACCGCGCCGCCGCCGACUUCGUCCUCGGCUUCCCCAGCCCCUCCUCCUCCCCCACCUCCCCACCGCCCAUGUACGCCGACCGGUGGCAGCUCGGGCCGGAUGGCCGGUUCUGA